AUAGUGUUUUUAGAAGAAGCAUCUCAACAAGAAAAGCUGGCCAAAGAAUGGGGUUUCAAGCCAUGUGAGAUAAGAGAACUGAGCCAACAUGAGUUCUUCAUGCCUGGGCUGGUUGAUACACACAUCCAUGCCGCUCAGUAUUCCUUUGCUGGGAGUAACGUUGACCUGCCGCUUCUGCAGUGGCUGACCAAGUACACGUUUCCUACAGAACUCAAGUUCAAGAAUUUGGACUUUGCUGAAGAAAUAUAUACCAGGGUUGUCAGGAGAACACUGAAGAAUGGAACAACCACAGCUUGUUACUUUACAACAAUUUACACUGACUCAUCCCUGCUCCUUGCGGAAAUUACAGGCUACAGAAUAUACUCUCCUUUGUCCUCAGCCAUGAGCCAUUUCCAUGAAACCCAGCACUUCCACCCACUCCUAGAAAGGACUGUCCCCAAAUAUCAAGACAUAAAUUACCCAGAUGUAAGAUAUGCAUUCAGGGUAUGCUACACAUUCAGGGUAUCAAUAUUUUCCUUAUCCACUUGUUUUUACUAUUUCCAGUAUUCUAGAGUGAAGCCCAUAGUGACACCACGCUUUACCCUUUCCUGCUCUGAGACGAUGCUGGCCGAUCUUGGAAACAUCGCGAAGACCCACGAUUUGCACAUUCAGAGCCAUAUAAGUGAAAAUCCUGAUGAAGUUGAAGCUGUGCAAAAGUUAUUCCCCAGUUAUAAAAACUAUACAGAUGUGUAUGAUAAAAACAAUCUUCUAACAAAUAAGAGCACCACAGCUCUUAAAAUUUCUGAGUUUGUGCAAAAGAGGAAAGUGGAAAUGCAACAGAAAGUGUUCCGAACCAAUAGCAUUGAGAACUUACAGCAGGGCCCGAAAGGGCACACACUCCAGCAGGUGUUCCAGGGAGAGGUGCUCACUUCCCAUUGCUUUGUGUUGUGCCAACUACUAGAAACACUCACACUAGUAGAAAUGAUGCAGUGCUACUGGAAAUCCACACCCUACAUAUGGCUCAGCAGCGGCUUACUCAAUGUGCUAGAAGUGCUGAAACACGACGUGAAAAUAGGGCUGGGCACAGAUGUGGCUGGUGGUUAUUCACCUUCCAUACUUGAUGCAAUCAGAAGAGCAGUGAUGGUUUCCAAUACCAUUUCAUUUACUAAGAUAAAUGAGAGAAGCCUCACCCUCAAAGAGGUAUUCAGACUAGCGACUCUCGGAGGCAGCCAAGCCCUGGGGCUUGACAAAGAAAUUGGAAACUUUGAAGUGGGCAAGGAAUUUGAUGCCCUCUUGAUCAACCCCAAAGCAUCCGAUUCUCCCAUUGACCUGUUUUCUGGGGAUUUUGUUGGUGACGCUUUUAUCCAGAAGUUUCUCUAUCUAGGAGAUGACCGAAAUAUUGAGGAGGUUUAUGUGGGCGGAAAGCAGGUGGUUCCCUUUUCAAGCUCAGUCUAAGACCCUCGGCGUCUCCAAGUUCUCCUGGAUAGCGUGGUUCUGCGCCCCCUUAUGCCCAGGCAGAGUUAGAGCGUCAAAAAAAAUAGUACCUUGUUCUUGGGAUGACUGUCUCUUUGUGUGCUUACCUACAGUGCUCACUUGACAAAUCGAAGGAAGUUGUGCUCAUUCUCAACUCUCUGGUUGGGAGGAUUCAAAAUGUAUCCCUUCUGAGCUGUUCAGAUUUACUUUAAGCUUAAAUAUAAGAGAAUGUUAUGGCUAGUGGUGUUCUUAUUAUGAGAUUUAAGUAAAAUCUACCUAACAUUUGGAAAUGUGAAGAGGAAAGAUAUUCCUGUGAGGUUCGAUAUUUUGAACUAGUAAAUGUGAAAAUUGGAUAUGGAAAAUGAACCAGUGAAUAUAUUUUUGAGGGAGAAAAAGACUACAAACAUUGGAAAAUCAUUUUCAGAUUGCUCGACAAUUAUAUACUGAGCUUCCUAAUUUAAAAAGAGAACUCAUUGAGAUGUGAAACGUGUUUCUAGGUUGACUUUGUGUUCUGGAAAUUUGCACUUCAUGGGAUUUGCAUUUCAGAGACUUGUUAUUGUUGUGCUUUGCCUUCUUUGGGGAUGAAUUGUCAGAAAUUGAAUGCCACGUGCUUUCUUCAUAUAGUUCUGUGCUUCAAAGUGUUUGACAGAAGUUGGGUAGUAAAGAUUUAAAGUCUCUUAGGAAUAGUAUUCACACAACUCCGUGUCAUAAAUAGUUGUAUUUUUGUGUCCUUUAAGUCACCUUAAUGUGUAACUGGGUGAUGCUGUUACUGCUUCAGUUUUAUUAGAAGAGAAACAAAUUCCACACUCCGCUGUUGGGUAGACUGAAGUCUUCAUAAAUUGGGGACAAGUGCUGGGCACUCGCGAGCUGUCAAUACUGAAAGGAAGGGUUUCAUUGCAAUGACCUUGUCUCCCCAAGGACUAUGCUAUAGUUGCUGGCAAUUUCAUACUCAGAUCAAUCUCUUAGAACUUUUAAAUGAAGGCAAAUCCUGUUAAAAGAAAUAUUAAAACUCUUUAAACCUUGCAUAUUGCAAGCACUCUAUUUUCCCAAUUUUAUCCUAUUGUAGUUUUAAUUCCUAAGAAUUUUAGGACAUUGGAAUUUUAGUAUAAUGAAAAAUAUGUAGACAUCCCACAUAAUGUUUAUAUUAAGAGGACUUAAUCUGUACCAGACACCUAGGAAGAUUAAGCAAAGCAAAGAGUAUUUUUCUGCCUCCUAACUAACUAGUGUACUUUCCCAUAACCUAGAAUUAAAAACAAAUUAUGACUAUGAUAAAUCCUUUACAAGUAUUGAUGUGAAUGCUAUUUAAAUACUAUACUUUUCUCCUUUAAUUUCAAAUAAUAUAAACUAACAAUGAAAAGGAGUAGGUUUUCUUAAUAUUUCAUAGCACUUAUGAAUACUUUAUAAUAGAGAACUUUAUGCUACAGAGCUAACUCCAUAUAUAGAGAACUAAGGACAAAAUUCUCCCUCUUGCAUAUAAUUUUAUUCUCAUAUAAUCAUGCUUAUUCAGCAGUAAUUUGCCCAGUUAUUGUUGUUGUUUUUCCUUUGUGGAAGCACUUUUAGAGUUGACUAUGCUUGACUACAAAUAUUUAGUUUGAUUUUUUUCAAUGACAGAUUUUUUUUUUAGGAUAUUAAAUAGCUCAGUAAAUCUAAUUUCUAGUCUCAAUAGCUGUAUUUCCAGAAUUCCUGUGCCAUGUCAAAGAUGGCCCACCAGACUUCUCCUCAUUUCUCUGUAGUGCCAGCAUGAGUUUUCUGCUCUAUCUCUUAAUCCGUGCCACAGGAACUCGAUUCUCGGUGUCUGACCCACAUGAGUGGGCUUAAGAAUUUGGAUGAGCUGUUCCAGAUUCACGAACAGGCAGCAGUUGUCCCCAGCCUUUGCAAGAUCCUAUACUAUUACCUUCCUCAAGGGUGUACAUUUUGAGGUUGAACACCAGUUUUCAUUUAGAUUUAGGAUUCAUAUGCAGUAAAUAUAAAUAAGUGUAGUGUCAGAAGCAGGAAGAACGGCCAUAUACAAGCACUUUGUCAAAUGUUAAAUUUAGCCCUGAUAGUAUGUUAAGACCUGAAUAUCUUGUCUAAUAAAUAUAGAAUGUCUUGAAAUGUUA